AACGAUAGAGAAAGAAGAUAUAAACCAUAGAGGCUAUAGUAGAGGAUGGCCGUACCUCAGGCACCUGGAAAUAACGAUACGAGCGGGCUUAUGAUCUGUCUUUUGUAUGACCUUCCCCGAUAAAUUGGAAAUGGUCGGUCGUUGGGUUGGAAGACAAAUUCCCUUAAUGAGCUCCACCGUUCAGGCACUGACUCCUGUCAAGGUGGACAUUGCGCAUGCCAACACCCAUGAGGUCUCAUUAUCCAUCCACCAUCCGAACCGUGACACCUUGUGUCCACCGACCCAUCGACUAAAACAUAUGCGGAGCCAUCCGGCCAUGCGAUCCAUGCCUAGUAUCCAAGUUUCAUCCUUCAAUGUCCAUGCGUAUCCUAUAGCUACCACUCAAUUGCCAGGGCCAACCCAAACCAAUCCUGUUCAUGCAGCCAAGACACAGCAGGUCGAACUCAGUCGAACUCAGCACAAACUCAUGUUACAGCGCCAAUCAUUUCUGGCGGACGACAAAAACCAUCUGAAUCACCCGGCCAAUAUGAGACGACUGACCAAAGAAUUGGACCGUGUCAACCGAGAAUACCAAUGUGUACGACAUUUCGAAGAUCCCAUGGUAGAAUCUUUAAAGCGUGUCAGUGCCACGCAACGUCAGCAUGGCAUGGCUCCGUCGCUUAGUAACCCAUCUUCGGUCGCUUCUUCGUGGUCAUCGACUUCUUCGACCUUGUCCUCUCACACUCCAGCCCCGCGUCUUGAACGACGAUCCUCCGCUUCCACGGUACGAGAAAUCCUAAUGAGAGCAGACGAUCACCAAUAUCGACGAUCAGUACUCCAAAAGAAAUCACAAACGGCGGCUGUACCUCAACCUGUGCCCCCUCUUCUCAGUCGCUUAUUUCAUCCACCGCCUUUGCCGCAUCCAAAACGGAAGUCUCCCGGUGCACAUGAAGUGCUAUCUUUUGAAUAGCAAAAAUAAAGAAAAAAAGUUAAACAACUACUUGGGAACCUGCAACAUAAUCUUUCUUCAAUCCAAAUCAAAGCAUGGCUUUCGACUCUGUAAUUAC